UACAAGGGCUUGGACAUCAUCACCAACAAGGUGUCUCCCGAGGAGCAGCGUCUGUGCAGGCACCACAUGAUCAGCUUUGUGGAUCCCCUCGUCUCUAACUACACAGUGGUGGACUUCAGAGACAAAGCCAUGGCUUUGAUUGAAGAUAUCUUUGCCCGAGACAAGAUCCCGAUUGUCGUGGGAGGAACCAACUACUACAUCGAGGCCUUGCUCUGGAAGGUCCUUGUCAGCACCAAGGAGAAGGGCAGUGCGGCCCCUGGGCCGGUUAUCGACAGGAAAGUGGAGCUGGAACAGAUGGACGGGGCUGAGCUCCAUCGCCGCCUGAGCCAGGUGGACCCUGAGAUGGCGGCCAAGCUGCACCCCCACGACAAGCGCAAAGUGGCCAGGAGCCUCCAAGUUUUUGAAGAGACAGGGAUCGCCCAUAGUGAAAUCUUGCACCGGCAGCAGGAGGAGGAAGGUGGGGGACCGUUAGGGGGGCCCCUGAAAUACCCACAUUCCUGCAUCUUGUGGCUUCAUGCAGACCAGGCAGCUCUGGACCAGCGGCUGGAGAAGCGAGUGGACGACAUGCUGGCUGCAGGACUGCUGGGGGAGCUGCGGGACUUUCACCGGCGCUACAAUCGGGAGAAGGUAGCUGAGAACCGCCAGGAUUACCAGCAUGGCAUCUUCCAGUCCAUCGGCUUCAAGGAGUUCCACGAGUACCUCAUCAGCGAGGGGAAUUGCUCACCGGACACCAGUGCCCUGCUGCUGCAAAAAGGGAUCCAGGCUCUGAAACAAGUAACCAAGAAAUAUGCCCGGAGGCAGAACAAAUGGGUCCGAAACCGCUUCCUGAGACGCCCUGGGCCCAACGUGCCCCCGGUGUAUGGCUUGGAGGUGUCUGAUCUCUUGAGGUGGGAGGAGGAUGUGGUGAAACCGGCUCUGGAGAUUGUGGAGAGCUUCAUCCAGGGACGAGAGCCCCCAGCAGAGCCCGUAAAGAUGGAGUACGAUGUAAAUGAGAACAAACGGAGUCGUCACGUCUGUGAGCUCUGUGACAGAGUCAUCAUCGGGGACCGGGAGUGGGCAGCUCACACACGAUCCAAAUCCCACCUGCACCAUUGGAAGAAGACACGAGAGCGGGCCCCCGCCAGCCGCGUUGCAGAGGCUGAGGGGGACAGCGGGGGUGCAGAGACCUCAGGAGAGGACAGCAGCUUGCCUUUUCCGUAGGCCUGCAAACCAGCUGGUGAAGGGAGCAGCAGCGCUUCCACCUGUGCGGCAAGGAACUGGCUAGUCCUGGGUGGCCUCGAAGCGAACGAGCCAAGUCGUUUGUUCAGGAUGAGGCAGGUGUGUAAGUGAUGGCCAAAGGCUGUCAGCUGAGACAGAUCCUCUUCAUGUGGCCUCAUCCUGCCGUGUUCCCAUGCUUCUCCAGCCCUGCCUGGAAAAUGGCUGGGCCCUGGGGCAAAGCUGUGGAGGGCGGCCUCCCAUGACAAGCAUUAAUCUCUGCCAGAGACGCAGCAUUAUCCUUGGAAUGGCUGAGUCUAUCCUGCUGGCAUGCGAACGUGUCGUUCUCAGAGACAGAAAUACCCUGCACUCCUCCAGCUUGGCCAGGAGUGCAGCUCAGGAGCUGAGUGAGUUUGUGCUGCCUUUAUUGUGGAGAGGGUUUUUUUUCCUUUUAUAUGGAAAUAAAGUUUUAAGAUUG